AUGACUAGGAGGUCCAACAAGGACAACCUAGUUGAACAUCCAGAGAUAGACAAGCUUGAGAAGCAACUUAGGAAGCAGAAAGCCCAAGAGAUGGCCGACGAAGCAGCUCGCGCUCACGCCGCUGAAGUGGCGCGCGCUCAAGAAGAAGGAAGAGAUCCACCUCCUCCUCCUCCUAAUCCACAAGACCUGCUGGAGAUAACCAAUUCAAUGGCCUUCCAGCUGAGCAUCCCUCUUGAUCACAUAGAAAACUUUGAAGAAAUUUGCAGCACUACAAGAUCCAAUGGAGUCUCUGCUGACUACCUUAAGUGCAAGCUCUUUUCAUUCUCUCUUGGCGACAAAGCUUCAAGAUGGUUGAAGUCUCUGCCAGCUCACUCCAUCACCACUUGGGAUGAGUACAAGGCUGCUUUCAUCAACCACUUCUACACCAAGCAAAGAUCAAUUUCUGUGAGGAACAAGAUCUCCACUUUCGCCAAGCCAACAAUGAAUCUUUCUAUGAGGCGCUAG